GCAGCUUCUGUUUGUGGGCGUGAGCGUGGCGGUGGCGUGAUGGGGCUGCUCGUGGCUCCGGUGCUGAGGCAGCGGCUUCCGAGGCUGAAGCCAUUCAACAGAUUGCAGGUCAUAGUACAACACUUAACUAUGUCCAGGACCAUGGGUACUUCAGCUGAGGUUCUCUUCGAAAAAAGAGGGUGUGCUGGUGUUAUAACCAUGAACAGACCACAGGCUCUGAAUGCAUUAAAUCUUCCCAUGAUUCGUCAGAUACAUCCACAGCUAAAGAAAUGGGAGCAGGACCCUGACACUUCUCUUAUAAUAAUCAAGGGAGCUGGAGACAAAGCCUUCUGUGCCGGAGGUGAUAUCAGAGCUAUCACGGAAGCAGGAAAAAGUGGAGACAGGUUGGCACAGGAUUUCUUCAGAGAAGAAUACAUCUUGAACAAUGCCAUUGGUACCUGCCAGAAAACGUAUGUGGCACUUAUUGAUGGCAUUACAAUGGGAGGCGGUGUCGGUUUGUCUGUUCAUGGACAUUUCAGAAUUGCAUCAGAAAAGACCCUUUUUGCAAUGCCAGAGACGGCAAUAGGUCUUUUUCCUGAUGUGGGCGGAGGCUACUUCUUGCCAAAACUUUCAGGGAAGCUGGGAUAUUUUCUUGCCCUGACAGGAUUUAGGUUGAAAGGAAGAGAUGUGCACAAAGCAGGAAUUGCAACUCACUUUGUAGAAGCAGAGAAGAUGGCUGCCCUAGAAAAAGAUUUGACAGAAUUAAAAUCCCCUUCAAAGGAAAAUGUUGCAGAUAUCCUGGACUCAUAUCAUAAGAAGUGCAAACUUGAUCAAGAGAAAGAGUUCAUACUUGGAGAACAUAUGGACAAGAUUAACAGUCUGUUUUCAGCAAACAGCAUGGAAGAAAUCGUUCAAAAAUUGAAAACGGAUGGCUCUCCUUUUGCGCUUCAUCAAGUAAAGACAAUUAGUAAAAUGUCUCCAACGUCUCUAAAGAUGACCUUCAGGCAGCUUAGAGAAGGAGCUUCCUUAAGCCUGCAAGAUGUCCUCAUCAUGGAGUAUAGACUGAGCCAAGCAUGCAUGCGAGGCCAUGACUUCCAUGAAGGUGUCCGAGCAGUGCUUAUUGACAAAGACCAGUCCCCAAAGUGGAAGCCAGCUGUUCUAGAAGAAGUAACAGAUGAAUUUUUGGACUCAUGUUUUAAGUCUCUUGGAAGCGAUGAUCUGAAGUUACAAUAGAUUCGGACAAAUAUUAGCUUAAAUUUGUUUUAAUUCCAGUUUUAACACGGCAAAUAAAUAAUUAUGGUAUCGACAUACAAGGGAAUAAUAGGCAUUGAGUGAAAUGCUUAUUACUGAUAUGUAAUGAAAAGGACUUACAGCUUUUGAAGACAAGUAUGGGCUUAGAAGGAGAAGAGCCAUCUAGCUGUUAAAGGUCUAGGCCGGGAGAGAGGGAGGUUAUCUAUCACCGGUAUUUGUGAAUUUUUACUUCUCCAUAUAAAAUAAAAAAUUCAUAUAAAGAUUCCCAAAUUCUUGGGACUAAACUAAAAAAACAAAUUUUCUCACCAUGAAUUUGCUGAGCAUCAUGAAGGGCAUUCGCCACUUGGGAUGGCAACUCCUCCUGGAGCAAGUAGGCAAGGUUCACGUCUAUUUCCCUCUCCAGGGAGGGGAGCUGUCCUGCUCCCCAGACCAGAUUGGAAAAGCAAGAACCACCCCCUCAAGCCUGGCGUUUAUUGCCAUGCAUGCUUUUACCAGCAAUGUGGGAAAAGGUGAGGUUGCUGUGGCAAGAUUUCCACCUCUUCCUCUAACAGUUCCCCAGACUCCCUAUCUGAAUCUAACGAAUUUCCAGACUUUUUUUCUCCUUUACUGAGGCUUGCCCUUGGGUUUCUUGGAAUGGCAGUGGAGCAAACGAGAAAUAGUGGAAUGUGAUGAAGAGGAGAGAGUGCUAGCAGACUUGGAAUCUGAGGAGACUAGCUGGUCAUUUUGUGUUUCUGUUUGGAACUCCUUCUGGCCUUGGACUUGUUUAUCCAUGUGCUUUUUUUCUUGGGGAAAGGGACUUCAUAUUCUUACAUAGCCUUAGCCAAGGACCCUCUUGUUUCCUGGGCUACUAGCCCUUCCACCCAACCUAAAACUUGUGGCUCAGGUUCCUUUUUUGGUAGCUGCAUGUCUGGGGUAGGGGGAUGCUAUGCAACUCACAUUUGCAGUGCUAUGGGAUCCUCCUUGAAGUGACACCAAAAUUGUACUUGGACUUGCGGACCCUCCACGGCUUUCCCACUCCCGUACUGGAAAUGGGAGCUCUUCAGCCCUGCCGUGGGGUCUAUGCUGGGUAGUAGACAAGUCCCCUCCCAGCUGAGGAUGUGGAAUACAGACCCUAAAAGUCAAAUUCUUCUCUCCCCCACCCACCCCAGUAGUCUCGCCCCACCACCAACUACUUAGCUUAAAGAGUGGGGGCAGAGGAAGGGUAAAGGAAAGAAAAGCAAGGAAUAAAAAACUACAAAAGAGACAUAUUUUUUAGAAAUAUUAAGGUUGGGCUCCUAGGAGCUCCAACCAGACCUGAAAAGCAGGAUGGUUCCUCUCCCUAGUGAGGGAAAGAUCUUGCUCUAGGAGGUGCCAUGAGGAAUACCCUCCAUGAAGCUCAGGAGAAUAAAUGGUGUCUUUGUUGAAAGAACCAUGCCACAUUGAGUGAGCAGCAGUCCAAAAGGACAUGUUCUAGCUACUAUAUCAUGGCCACUUGUGAUGACUUUGUCCUGAUAAAUCAGGAUCUGAUUUGUAGCCGAGUGGCUGUGUACCUAAAAACAUGUGGUUGUAUUUUUGUAUUUGGCUAAUUGUUCAUUAAUUUUAUGAGCCAGUUGAUUCAUUCUGCAUAAAUAAGCAUAUUUCAUAAAAGCAAGGUCUGACAAUGGCAUUUUGGAAGAGGCAUUUUUUUCUGGAUGUGAAGCAGCAUGUUGUUCACAGUUUUUAUAAGUACUUAUAUAAUUAUUAUUUUAAAAUCUGCUGUAACUAAUCCGGGUAGCCUUUUUACUUGAUCAAAAGGUUCUGAAUUGCCUAAUCUCACCAGUUUAAACUCCAUUUCAGGACUGAUUCUUAGUAUUAUCUUCUCUGUGCUCAUUUUCUCAAUCUACCACCCAAAUAGGGCUCUCAGACUAGUGAAUAUCCAUAAAAUAAGAGCUCAGCUGCAGCAACACAAAAGCUAAACACAGCAAAAAAAGAAUGAUUGGUGAAAAGUAGCAUAAAAAAGCAUGUUCAAGCUCAAUUAGUUUUUACCGACUGUCCAGAAAAGAUCAGUUUGUACACUAGCCAAAGCUGAACAAAGCACCGGUCUACAGUUGCUCCUUUUCUACACAAAUUGUGGAAGCACACACACACCCCUCCACAAUUCCUGCCACAGCAUAAUGACAGAAAUUUCGCUGUCUUCUGUUCCUUGGGCUCUUGCAGAUGUAACAAUGGCCUUGAGUUAGAUUCUAUUGAUUUUUGAUAUAGCCGUGGUUAAUCGAUGAUAAUGUACAUGUCACAAGCAAUUGCAGAUCUUUGUUGUUUGUUGCACGCUGACACUUCAUAUGCUUUUUAUAGUUGGGCCGAUAAAACCAUCGUUCUUCAACUUGUUUCCAUGGCAAUCCAUAUAAUUUCAGAAUUUAGAGUUCUCUGAAGAUAGUGAAAGACUCUAGAAGAAAGUGGAAAAGCUUCCGUGGGGAAAAAAAAAGUUUUCAGUAAUAGUGAAUGAAAAAACAGGGCAGAAUGACAAAGCAGAAAUACCAUAGAGCAAGAUUAAUAGUUCCCCAAGCCCAAAGGUUUAAGAAAUGUACAGUAAUUUCUCCUAACUUCAAUGAGUGAAGAUGGACAGAUACAGAGAGACAAUCCUCACCCAAACCUAUUGUAUACUAUGCAGCUAUCAAAAGGGGGAGCUCCCCACUUGUCUGUCCAUCCCAUUACAUGUUGCUCUGGGUGGAAUGCAAGAGGCACUCCUUUUGUUUCCAUUUUUCAUGUGAAACCAGCUUUCUUCUAGAACCAUUUCCCAUCUGGAAGAAAGGAGCAAAUGAGGGAUUCUUUGGUUUGCAAACCACUCUUCUGUUUUGAUGUUCUCUGCCAAUCUCCAGCUUUGGAAAAAAAUACCUCCUCCUAUUUGCCUUCUAACCACUUUUGAGAAUGGCUCAAUUUAGCCCAAAGGCUGACAAAUUUUAGCCCUUGAGAUGUUUAAUCCAAUUUGUAUUCCACUCUCCCCCUGCCCCCCCAAGAAGCUGAAUGCAAACUACGGCUACUCAUUUUAUCCAAGGCGACCAAUGUGUUUUGUGUGUAGUGGGUAAGAUUUAAGCUGAGCUUCCUUCAUUCCAACCAACAUCCUAUCCCCAACUGUCUCUCUUGUUUAAGAUCUUCUAGCAAAUACAGUGUUACACACA